AUGUGCGAUGCUCACAAUGUCUAUGAUAUCAUUGAACUCAUAUCAGCUAUUGGAGUCCAAAAAUCAAAACAGAGAGUCGAUCAUACUGUUAUUAAAUCUUUUCUAGCUGGUGUUUUUCUAUCUUUCGGCGGCCUGUUCCUCCUGCUGGUUGGUGGUGGAAGUGCUCCACUGGUUCAGAAUUUAGGUCCUGGCAUACAAAAAAUGAUCCAAGCUGCCGUAUUUCCUAUUGGACUGAUUUUGAUCAUUAUGACUGGUGCUGAGUUAUUUACAAGUAAUACUAUGAUAUUAAUGGUAUCAACAUUACAUAGACAAACAACAUUACUUAAUCUUAUCAUUUCAUGGGUAAUCUCGUACUGCGGAAAUCUUGCUGGCUGUUUGUUUUAUCAAGGCAUAUUUGUUUACUAUGCAGGUCUUCUCUCUAAUGAUCCUUAUCACUCAUUUACUGUUCACAUUGCCGAAGUAAAAGGUAAUACUCAAUGGCAUCAAAUGUUUCUAAGAGGUAUUGGAGGUAAUUGGCUGGUAUGCCUGGCAGUAUGGUUGGCCAUCAGUGGACGUGACUUACAUUCAAAAAUAAUUGGUAUUUUUCUACCUAUCUGGCUUUUUGUAGCUGUUGGAUAUGAACACUCUAUUGCUAAUAUGUUUACAGUUCAAAUGGGUAUGAUGCUUGGCGCUAAUUUGUCCAUUCCAAAAUAUAUUUUAUGUGUCAUGAUACCUGUUACACUUGGAAAUAUUAUUGGCGGAGCAUUUUUUGUUGGUUUUAUAUAUUGGUACCUUUACAUGUCGAAGAAAGCUGAUGCUGGUGCUAUGAAUGGUACUAUCUCAGCGAUUGGUGAUGAUGGUCAAGUAGUGCAUUAG